GCUGUUCCUACGUUACCAGGCAACGCCAAAGCUGUUGAGCAAGAUGGCGAAAGCCCAGCAAUUGCCUCCAUAAUAUAAAUAUAAAAAAGUAGCGUUCAGGACGAAAUACACAGUUGAAAAGAACAAACUAACAACACAAGUGUACAAUUUAGAACAAAAUGGAGGACGAGGAAACGUUGCUGGCAUCAAUCCUAUACUACUGCCAUGAAAAGUACUACAAUCACGCUGUAAAAGCCACAUCAGACGCUCAAAGGAAAUACACCAAUGAUCCCACAUACAUUUUCUUUCAUGCAUAUGGGACUCUAAUGCAAGAUCAAAUUCAAGAAGCAACAGCAGAACUGGACACAAUAAGAGACGAUCGGCAUGUUUCUCUGUGCACACUCAUGGCCCUUCUUUAUGCAGAGAAAAGAAAAGCAAAUCCAGACAAAGAGGUAAUUCAGGAACUUGAUGCAAAGAUAAAAGAAGACCGUAAAAGUGCGCCUCCUAAGAGUUUGUACUACGCUGGGACCUUUCUCUGGCUAUUGGGGCGAAAUGAUAAAGCAAGAGAGUACGUAGAACGAAUGAUCAAACUCUCCAAUGGCUCUAAAGAGGGAAUCAUUCUCAAAGCUUGGAUAGACGUUACUUCUGGAAAAGACUCCAAUGUCCGAAAGGCUGGAAAGUACUUCGAUGAGGGACUGAAAGAAGGAGCUGACGUUUUUGCUCUGAUGGGAAAGGCACAGUACUAUGAAUACCGGCAGAACUACUCUGGAGCAUUAGAGAUAGUUAACCAAAUCAUAGUGAGUUCCCCAGGCUUUCUACCUGCUCUCAUCAAGAAAAUGAAACUAAUGCUAAGCCUUCAAAACUGGGAUCAAACCGUAGACACGGCAGACAGGCUCUUACAGAAGGAUAAAAAUAACCUGGAGGCCCUGCGGAUGCUAGCACUGCAUUCUGUGUGCAGAGAUGGGGAUUUCACUGAGGCAGCAAAGCAGCUCUCCAACCUUAUCAGCAGCUUAGACAUCCUGGAACCAAACAACCCGGAGCUUUUCUACAGAAUGUCUCUUGCCUUCACUCGUGUUUGUGGGCGCAGUAAAAAAGUCAUCGAGCUGACAUUCAAAAUGGUGGAAAAAGCCUUCUCGUUGGCACCAGGGGACCCCGAUUUAGCCAUCGAACUGGGCUACCAGAUGGCUCUAAUGGGCAGAACAAAGGAGGCUCUAAAGUGGUACAAGACUUCUACAUCCAACAAGGAGGAAGCUAGUAUUUCCGCUCUGACUGGUAUAGUUCGCUGCCAUCUGAUGGAGGGUCACGUUGACGACGCAGAGCAACAGUUGGAGUUUCUCACAGAAGUUCAAAAGUCCAUUGGAAAAUCCGGGGAGCUCUUGUACCUGCAGGCCGUUCUGGCGGCGAAAAAGCGGCGGUCCCCGGAAGAGGUGACCAACCUGCUGAACGAUGCAGUGGACACCCACUUUUCCUCGCUGCAGGGCCUGCCUUUGGGAGUAGAGUAUCUGGAGAAGAUGAAUCCAGAUUUCCUGCUGGAAAUCAUCCAAGAAUAUCUCGCGCUCUGUCCUGCAAAGCCUCCUGCCGCGGGCCAGCCUCCUGCACCUCAGCUCCAGCACUGUGCCAAACUGUUGGAUACUGUGGUAAAAAUUAUUCCUGGUCUUCUUAAUGCAGUUUUUCUGAUGGCCAAAGUCAGAUAUCUCUGUGGCGAUAUCGAUGCUGCUCAGAGCAGUCUACGUCACUGCCUAGACCAGUGUCCAUCUCAUGCAGACGCUCACCUUCUAAUGGCUCAGAUCCAUCUGCUGCAGGGAAACAUAACUCUGUGCACCCAUUCUCUAGAACUCUGCCUCAGCCAGGACUUUGAGAUUCGAGGCCACCCGCUCUACCACCUGAUUAUGGCCCAGGCUAAGAAGAAAAUGGGCGAGCUCGCAGAGGCCAUUCAGAUAUUACAGAUGGCCAUGAGUCUUCCAGGUGUCCGUAGAGCUGAAUCUGCUUCAAAAUCUAAACAAAAGAAGAUGGAAAUCAGCUCUGCUGACUGUGUUUCUAUCUUCUUGGAGCUCGCUGAGGCCCUGUGGCUCAAUGGACAACAGCAUGAAGCUGCAAAGGUGAUGCAGGACGCCAUUAACGAGUUUUCUGGGACGUCUGAGGAGCUGCGAGUCACCAUCGCCAACACAGACCAGGCCCUGCUGCGUGGAGACGCUGAACUGGCACUGAAAAUGCUGCGAAACAUCACCCCUGAACAGCCCUACUACAUCCAAGCAAAAGAGAAAAUGGCAAACAUAUAUCUGACGCACAAAAGAGAAAAGCGGCUGUAUGUGAGCUGUUACAGAGAAAUUGUGGAGAAGCUGUCCAGCCCUCACACAUAUCUCCUUCUUGGAGACGCCUACAUGAACAUUCUGGAGCCAGAGAAAGCCAUUGAGGCGUACGACCAGGCUCUGAAGAAAAACCCCAAAGACUCCAUUUUAGCGAGUAAAAUGGGGAAAGCUCUGGUCAAGACUCAUAACUACUUUGAGGCUAUUAAGUACUACGAGGCUGCCCUGCAGACUGAGCAACACACGUUCCUGCGCUACGACCUGGCCGAGCUUCUGAUGAAGAUGAAGCAGUACGACCGCAGUGAAAAGGUCCUACACGACGCUCUGGCUCAUGAACCAGUGAAUGAACUGCCUUUACUCUCUGAUGACUGCCGUUAUCUGGUCCUGUUGGCAAAGAUUCAAAUUAAAGUUGAAAAAAAUGAGGAAGCUUUGUUUUCUUUGAAAAAAGCGCGAGACGUGCAAGCCAAGGUGGUGAAGCGCAUGCAGUUGGAGCAGCCCGACGCCGUCCCCGCGCAAAAGAAGAUCGCAGCAGAGAUCUGUGCCGAGAUCGCCAAACACUACACGAGUCAGAGGGGCUACGAGAGAGCCGUCCAGUUUUACAAAGAAGCUCUUGUGUAUUGCGAGACAGAUCUCAAGGUGAUGGUGGAGCUGGCACGCUUAUACCUCACCCUGGAUGAGGCGGAUGCUUGCAAGGAGCAAUGCCGGAUCAUUUUAAAGAUUGACCCACACAAUGAAGACGCAACUCUGAUGAUGGCAGACAUCAUGUUCAGAAAACAAGAGUACGAACAAGCAGUUUUUCAUUUUCAGCAACUUCUGGAGCGGAAGCCAGACAACUACCUAGCUUUGUCACGGAUCAUUGACUUGUUGAGAAGAGCCGGCAAGUUGGAAGAAGUCCCCCGCUUUCUUGAGAUGGUUGAAAAACAUUCGUAUAGGUCUAAAAUAGACCCUGGCUUCCAUUACUGCAAAGGACUUUAUCUUUGGUACACAGGACAACCCAACGAUGCACUACGGCAUUUUAACAAAGCUCGGAAAGACAACGACUGGGGUCAGAACGCCGUUUACAACAUGAUUGAAAUCUACCUGAACCCUGACAACGACACACUCGGAGGGGAGCUGUUUGAGAAUUUAGAUGGUGAAAUUGGCAACUCAACAGAGAAGCAGGAGUCGGAGCAGCUUGCGGUGAGAACGGCUGAGAAGUUGCUACGGGAGAUAAAGCCUCAGACGCCAGGCGGACACGUACAGCUCCGCAUCCUGGAGAACUACUGUCUCCUUGCGACCAAACAGAAGGCCAAUAUAGAGAAAGCUCUUAGUGUUUUCUCAGAGAUUGCAAGCAAUGAGAAAGACCACGCACCAGCACUUUUGGCCAUGGCAACCGCAUACAUGAUGCUGAAGCAAACUCCCCGAGCCAGGAACCAGCUUAAGAUCAUAGCUAAGAUGAACUGGAACCUGGCCGACGCAGACGAGUUUGAGAAGAGCUGGUUGCUGCUGGCAGAUAUUUACAUCCAUUCAGGAAAGUUUGAUUUGGCUGGAGACCUUCUGAAAAGAUGCUUAAAUCACAAUAAGUCGUGCUGCAAGGCUUAUGAAUAUCAGGGCUACAUAAUGGAAAAAGAGAUGGCGUUCCGUGAUGCAGCACUUAAUUAUGAACUGGCUUGGAAGUAUGGGAAUCAGACCAAUCCAAAUAUUGGAUAUAAACUUGCUUUUAACUACUUAAAAGCAAAAAAGCACGUUGAGGCCAUAGACGUCUGUCACAAGGUUCUUGUCCUUCAUCCACAUUAUCCAAAGAUUAGAAAGGAAAUCUUGGACAAAGCUCGUGGUGCCUUAAGACCUUAAUGCAUGGAAGUCAAAAAGAUUAUAAACCAGCAUUUAUUUUACCUUGCUUAGUUCCUUAGACCCCCCCCCCCCCUCUGUUUCUUUUUUUCUUUUGCUUCCGAUUGAACAAACCUUCUUAUGUUCUAAUAAAUGUAAGUUUUCAUUUGAA